AAAUUGGAAUUCCAUUUUCUUUCUGUCCUGUGGUCAGAGGACAGAAAACCCCAAGGGUCACAUCAGCAGUGCAAGGGCAAAGUCCAACAUCUCAGGGCUGGUGUUUGGGAUAGGAAUUAGGAGAAUUUUAGGGCACUCGUAACAGGCUCCUAAAGGGGUUUCCCUAGGGGAAAGACCCUGAGGGCCAGCCGGGGGUCACUCCUCCCAGCCCCUCCCUUCUCUAUCCGUGGGGAGGGGCACCACCUUGGCCACGCCCCAUGCCCCACCCCCCAGGGGCUGGGCAGGAGCUUUGCUGGGGACCUUGCCUUGGCUUAGGUGGCAGCUGUGGGCGGGCCCUUGGCCUUUCCAGCUCGGGCCUCCCCCAGCAUUCUAGAGCUUGCAGCCACUGCCUUUGCUGCUGCCACUGCAGGGCUGUCACCUCUCCUUCUCAGCCUCUGACCACCUGCUGCACCCCACCCCCAACCCAGCUGCUCCUGUCACCUGGCCAUGACCUCGGCCCCCCCAGGGACCCUGGCCCAGCCCUGAGCCCUGGAACCCCCAUCCCCUCCCCUGGGCCAUGGCCAACUCAGGCCUUCAGCUCCUGGGCUACUUCCUGGCCCUGGGUGGCUGGGUGGGUAUCAUCGCCAGCACAGCGCUCCCACAGUGGAAGCAGUCCUCCUACGCAGGCGACGCCAUCAUCACCGCCGUGGGCCUCUACGAAGGGCUCUGGAUGUCCUGCGCCUCCCAGAGCACCGGUCAGGUGCAGUGCAAGCUCUAUGACUCGCUGCUUGCCCUGGAAGGUCACAUCCAGUCAGCGCGAGCCCUGAUGGUGGUGGCCGUGCUCCUGGGCUUCGUGGCCAUGGUCCUCAGUGUCGUCGGUAUGAAGUGCACCCGGGUCGGAGAUAGCAACCCCAUCGCCAAGGGCCGAGUGGCCAUCGCUGGGGGUGCCCUCUUCCUCCUGGCGGGCCUCUGCACGUUGACGGCCGUCUCGUGGUAUGCCACACUGGUGACCCAGGAGUUCUUCAACCCCAGCACACCCGUCAACGCCAGGUACGAGUUUGGUCCAGCCCUGUUUCUGGGCUGGGCCGCCGCCGGCCUGGCCAUGCUGGGCGGCUCCUUCCUCUGCUGCACGUGCCAGGAGCCCGAGAGAUCCAACAGCAGCCCGCAGUCCUACCGGCCCGGCCCCUCGGCGGCUGCCCGAGAACCAGUUGUUAAAUUGUCUGCUUCCACCAAGGGCCCCCUGGGUGUGUAGUGUCCAGGUUCCCCAGCCUGGCUCUGUCCCCCUGCCACACCUAGACCCGGUGCUUGGUGUCUUUUGGAAAGAAAAGUGAACAUCCA